GCCGCCCGGUGUCCACGGGGCCGUCUCGGCUGGAGUCCGGCCCGCGAGGCGGCGUGCGGCAAUGGCGGGGCCCACCCCCGCGGGGAACGUCAAGCUCUUCAACGAGGCCCACAGCUUCGUGCACCAUGCCGCCGCCGAGCUGGACCUGCUCAAGCAGGCCGUGCUCGCGGACAACGAGCAGAGGAUGCUGGAGGUCCAGGAGGCCCGAAGGACCCUCGAGCAGGAGAAGGCCGAGCGCCGGGAGCAGGUGCAGAAGCUGAGGCAGGACUUCGAGGACUUCGUGGGCCGCAAGGUCGAGCGCGUGGUGGAGGAGAUGGAGCAGCUCAAGAAGGAGGAGAUCAGGCAGGGUGAGCAGCACCAGAAGCAGAUCCAGUUCGUGGUGCAGGACAUGGAGCUGCUGCGGGACGACCUCUGCGCCAUCCAGGCGACGUGGGACCGCCUCGUGGCCAGCUGCGCGCCGCGAGGGCCGGGCGACGGGCGCGGCGCGUAG